GCUUUAAUCCUCCGCGGCGGGGGCGUUCUCUGUCUUGGGCAUGCGCACAUGACCCAGAGGAGGGCUAAGACUCCUCUGGCCUGAAGAAUUGAAGGGGGUCGUUAGGGGCGCCCCGAUGGGGCUGCGCCUGUGUUGCCGUGCUUGGUUGCUGCUGCUGGGAGGGGUUGCCUCGCUUUUGCUGCUGGCAGCUCUGUAUGGUUCUGGGCCUGGGUCGCAGCCUUUGGUGGUGUUCUUCUCUCCCUGGAGGGUUGAGAAGCAGCUCUACAAACUUGAUCUCAGCUGGCCUAAAUUUCCAGAACUGUUCACUGGUCAAACGUUUUGCGUUGCUGUGGAUCACAUCCAUGGAUUAGUUUACGUGGGACAGAGAGGCGAUCAUGUGCCAAAGGUCCUAGUGUUUUCUGAGGAAGGCUAUCUCUUACAAGCAUGGAAUACUACCCUUGAAAUGCCCCAUGGCAUCUUUGCACUGAACACAGCCAAUGAUAGUUCAGUGUGGAUCACAGAUGUUGGAACAGGUGAAUAUGGACACACAAUUAAGCAGUAUAGUCCUUCAGGCAAACUCCUUCAAGUCAUAGGCAUCCCAGGAGUAGCAGGCUCAGGGACAAACCCCAUACAAUUCGAUCAGCCAGCAGAGAUUUUUGUGGAACACACUGGAGAUAUCUACAUUGUAGACGGCGAUGGAGGGAUGAAUAAUCGUCUGCUCAAAUUGACACAAGACUUGAAGACUCUGUGGCUGCGUGGAGAGAAUGGUUCUGGCACAGCACAGUUCAGGAUUCCACACAGUGUAACAGUGGAUUCUUUUGGACGGGUAUGGGUGGCUGACAGAGGCAAUCAGAGGAUCCAAGCGUUUGACAAAACCACAGGGGAAUGGUUGGGAUCUUGGAGCAACUGUUUUAUAGAAGACGGCCCUUAUUCCAUCAGGUUAACUGCUGAUGAGAAGUAUAUGAUCACAGUUCAACUGAACAUCGACAGAGUUUUAAUUUUGGCCGCCCCACCUGUAGGCUCUAUUGGAGAUUGUGUGGUGGUGAAUAUGAUUCAGCUGGCCGCAAGAGUCAGGCCCCAUCUUCUGGAUAUCAGCAUGAAGAGCAGAGCGAUCUAUGUGGCAGAAAUUGGGGCUCAGCAAGUCCAGAAAUAUGUGCCUUUAGACUAACAACUUUGUUCACACUGCACAAGCACUGUGACACUCUCACUUCUAUGGGAUGGCCAUGUGUUUGGGCGGGGGGGGGGGGGUAGAUCAAUGAAAAUACUUGAAUUGCACAUUUUCUGUUCCUAUUUCAGAGACUGAUUCUUUAGCAACUUUUUUUUACUGAACAGUUCUGUUUUUUCCCUAAUGUUGUUGAAGAGGUAUAUUGCUACUUUCAAACCAUAUAAGGGGAAAUUCUGGCAUGGCAGUCAACACUCAUGGCUGCUCCAGAAGGAGUUUUAGUUGAGUACAGCUCCAUGAGUCAGUCAGUCAGUAUCUGGGGGAGGUUAUAUCUUCAUAGGGCAUUGGAUGUUAACUUGGCAGCUGGACAUGCCCGGUUAAGUAGCAGUACUUGAUUUAGUGUUCAAAUGGGAGAAGGUGCACAAAUUAUCUGGCUGGAGCAUUAAGGCUGUAGGAAUGGUUAAUACUCUUUGUGUGCACUUGAGAUUACAGGAUUCCCUGAUGGUCUGAAGAAUCACCAAGGAGUUCACCAUAGUGUACUACCAAACCAGACUUGUACAUGGUAGCUGUUACGGAUUUGUGAACGUACAUUCUUUUUAGACUGUAUACUUUUAUUAUGAUGGUGCUGGUCACAUAUGGAGAGGCAGCCUAUGACCCUUGGAAUGCUUCUCAGGGUUAGAAAGGGCUGCAGGAACAGAGACGAGCACAGGAAGAUGCUGUGUUCUGUAUGCUUGGUCUUUGGGUACACAAGGCAACAGGCAGUUCAUCUUGCAGGGAUGCCUUGGGUUGGGAUGCCUUCCAGUGUUAGAUGACCUGGAAGCCUUCAUUUCUCAGAAAUAAACAGCUUAAGCCCA